UUUCCGCUUUCGUUUCCGGCGCCACCAUUUUGGUUUCCUUCCCGGGGAGGGUCGGCGGUUUGCGGCCUCGGCGGCGAUGAAGCCCCUUCUGGUGCUGGCGCGGGGCAUCCCGAAAAAGUUUUACUCUCUCCACGCUGCACCCAAAGUUAAAGUCUCUGCAGCACCCAAAGUGCAGCUACAACCCCAGGAACUUGAGAUCACAAAAUUGCCAAGUGGUUUGGUGAUUGCUUCUCUGGAAAACUAUUGCCCAGUUUCUAGCAUUGGCCUCUUCAUUAAAGCAGGCAGCAGAUAUGAGACCUCCACUAAUCUGGGAACUUCUCAUCUGCUCCGUCUUGCAGCCAGCCUGACCACAAAAGGAGCUUCUGCCUUUAAGCUCGUCACUGGCAUUGACAGCGUUGCGGCUAAUCUCAGUGUGACAGCUACCAGAGAGAACAUGAUUUAUUCCGUUGAAUGUCUGCGUGAUUACAUUGAUACCGUGCUGGAGUAUUUAAUAAAUGUCACUACUGCUCCAGAAUUCAGGUCCUGGGAAGUAUCAGAACUCAGUACCCGUUUAAGAAUUGACAAGGAAAUUGCUUUUCAAAUCCCUCAAGCCCAUGUUCUGGAGAAUUUGCACGCAGCAGCUUAUCGAAAUGCCCUUGCCAAUUCUUUAUAUUGUCCAGACUUCAUGAUUGGCAAGAUUACAUCAGAACAGUUGCACCAAUAUGUCCAGAACAACUUCACAAGUGCCCGAAUGGCCUUGGUGGGGCUCGGUGUCAGCCAUGCUGACCUAAAACAGGUUGGAGAACAGUUUCUUAACAUUCGCAGCGGGGCCGGCUUAGCUGGUGAAAAAGCCCUGUAUCAUGGAGGUGAAGUCCGGGAACAGCACAGUGAUAGCCUCGUACAUGCUGUUGUAGUAGCAGAAGGAGCUGCUAUUGGAAGUGCAGAAGUGAACGCAUUUAGCGUCCUUCAAAAUAUCCUUGGGGCAGGACCUCUCAUUAAGAGAGGAAGCAGGAUUACCAGCAAACUUGCCCAGGAGAUUGCGAAGACAACUUCCCUACCAUUUGAUGUAACAGCAUUUAAUGUGAAUUACACUGAUUCUGGACUUUUUGGCAUAUAUACCAUAUCUCAAGCUUCAGUCACUAGGGAGGUAAUCAAAACUGCUUUGAACCAAAUGAAGGCGGUUUCCCAGGGUGGAGUUACAGAUGAAGAAGUCAAAAGAGCCAAGCAGCAACUGAAGGCAGCUUUUUUUAUGUCUGUGGAGUCUUCAGAAGGCUUGCUUAAUGAGAUCGGUAGCCAGGCGUUAGCAUCUGGGACAUAUACCUCACCAGCCACCGUGGUUGAACAGAUUGAUUCUGUGACCACUGCUGAUGUUGUGAAUGCUGCAAAGAAGUUUGUUAGUGGGAAGAAAUCGGUAACAGCUAGGGGAAACUUGGCAAAUACCCCUUUUGCUGAUGAGUUGUAAGAAGUAAAACAUAGGGUAUGGUUUAAAGUGAAUUCUAAAGCAAUUGUAUUGAUUGCUCUUUCAUGUGCUUUGGCUUUAUAGAUUUCCAUGUCCAUUUACAUACACCAAAUAAAGUGCAGAGCUCCUAUAAAUAA